UUAAAAUUAUAUAUAGUAUAAGUACAGUUGCUGUUAUUAGUAAUUUACUGUACUGAUAAAUCCGUGUUAUAUUUUUAAUUUCCUGGCAAACUCUUACUCGUACACUUGAAAUAUUUUUUUGGUGAAAUUACAUUUCGUGUGUUAGAAGCGACUUGAUCAAUAACUAUUUAAUACGUUUCAUUUCCAACGACUUAAUCAAUCAAUCCAUACGUCUCAAUCCAUAACAGCUGUAUCAAAAAGCGUAUUUAUUACAGUGAAUUAAUUUGUUAAAAAUAAUAAAUUAGUACAAGUGAAUUAUGAAUGACAUUUUGGGUGAAUGUUCACGGAAAAGACGUUAUAGUCAUGGAGAUACUGACAGUAGUUCAUUUGAUCAAGAGAAUUGCCAUAUCCCAAAUUUUAAACGUAUAAAACUAGAACGAUUUGAUGAUCAGGAACCUCAAGAAAUUUUUCAUACUCAAGAUGUUUCGACAAAUUAUAAUUAUUUAUCUGAAUCUGAUGUUAAGCAAGAGAAUAUUUACAAUGAUAAUAAUAGAACAGAAAGUUCCGAUAUUGAUGAAGGUAUUCAAAGUUAUUGCAGUGAAACUCAUAUUAAUAAAAGCAGUGAUAUACAAAGUGAUAUUCGUGAUUGGGGGUUAAAUUGUGGAGUUAGUAAUGAAGAUAUUAAUAAGCUUAUUAGUAUUUUGGAGGAUAAACAGGUUUUUUGUAAUAAUAAAUCUAUAAAUGAAUCAGAAGUUACUUCGGAAUCUUCCACGAGUAGUCAGUUUGAAAAAAAAAUUUUAGAAGAAAUAAAAAAUCUAAAAAAUUAUCAAGAAGAAAGCUUUAAUAAAUUAUUGAAUAAAAUAAAUAAUAAACAUAUUGAAAUUGAUUCGGAAGAUGGGAUUCGACGCAACUGGUUUGGAGAAUACAAUGUGUUUUUGCCUAUUUCGACGGCUGAAACGUUUGAUAAUUUUUGCAAAUUGCUAAAUGAAGUAAAAGAAUUUGAACAGAAAUUUAUGACUUUUGUUGAAGUGAUUGCUCAGCCGAAUAAACGACAUACUCUACCUCAAAAAAUUGGCGCGAUUUUAAAAAAAUUGAUUACACGUGACGUAGUUAUACAAUUCUGGGUAGUAAGAUCUAAAGAGGGUAAAGUUACUUUGUCUAACACGAAAUUUUAUGAUUGUUUACUAGAUUAUUUUUCGCCGCAACUCAAGGCUAAUAAAGAAAAAUCGACAGAAAUCAAAACAGAGUUCAAUUCGGCAUUGAGAUGUGCUAUUGCAAACGCAAAAGAUUGGGGUAACAAUAGAGCUAAAAAUCGUCAAUCCCAGUAACAAUAACUUUUAGAAAUUUCAAUUAAUCAAAACAAGCCUUUAUUUUCAAAGAUGUUGAGCUGAAACUAUUUAUUUAUUUUUUUGUCUUUCAAUUUUGUUAUCUAAAAUGUUUAUUCUUAUCAUUCUUACAAAGGAAAAAUAUUUUUUGAUUAUUGAAAGUAAAUUUAUAUAUUAUUUUUAUUUGAAUGAAAUGAUUCACGUAUAUUAAUGCUUAUAUUAUACAAAAAAAUAUCUUCAUCGUCUAUGAUAAUUAUCAAAUAAUUUUUCGGUUUUAUAAUUAAUGUUUAUUAUUACUUGCUUUUUUUUCAAACUAGUGUCUGUGAUGAAAAUUGAAUUUUCUUAUUUUUUAAAUUAAGAACUGUUCAAGUUAACUACUGACACCAAAAUUAAUAAUUUA